UAAUCUAAAAAUAGUACCAUGUUUGUAUACUACUAAUGUUUACAACUCUGAGAUUUGCUACAAUCUGAGUGCAACCCUAUAAACGUUGUGCAAAUUUUGUUUAUGAAAGAAAAUUGCUGGGUAAAACAAACAGAGAAACAAAGAAAAAAUCACGUAAAGUAAAAAAGAGGAACGAGUAAAAAGUUUUCCAUUUUCAAAGAAAAUUUAUUUCAAUCAUUGACGUUUUCCAUGGAAAAAAAGAGUUUGACUGCUUGAAUAAAUUUGUGUGUGAGUGUGAGUGUGUGAGAAAAAGGUGAACUUUGAAAAACUAUUAAAUGAAAAAGGAAAAUGAAGAAAAAGAAAAUCGAGUAAAAUAUUAUGCGUAGUAAAAUAAAUUCCUUAUUUUUUUUUGUUAAAAAUAGAAAAUGAAAUUAAUUAAUAAAUAAAGUACUUCGGAAAAUUAAUAAAACAUUUACCAGAAAAAACAAAUAAAUUCAAUAAAAUAAGAAAAGAAAUAAAUGCUUUAUGAAAAAGGAAAAAAUUUCUAGUGGAAAAAAUUAAAAUGAAUAUAAACGAGUACAAAACAAAAAAGAAAAACAUUCUCUGAAAAAAGAAGAAAAUUAAAAACGAAAUAAUUAGUUUAAAUGAAUGUGAAUUAAAGAAUUAAAAUAAAAAAAAACACACGCUACAUUUUUUAUAAUUGAAGAAUUUUUGUAACAAGAAUUUUUGCAAAAAAACAAAAAAACAAAAAACUAAAUGCUAGAAUUAAACAAUUGAAAAUACUUUUAAAUUAAACUUAAACACACAUCAAAAAAACAGCAGCAGCAGCAUAAAAAUAUGGAUGGCUCUAAUAAUACAACUGGAGGUUUAUCUUCGCGCAGUCUUCCCUCGCUAUUUGCAAUAAGCAAUGGUUCCUCUAUGGCUUCUAAGGAUCUAGAAGGCCUAAUGGCCAUGAAUGACAGUGCAUUGUCACAACAAAUCGAAUUUAUCUUACAAGAUGCUCCCAUGGAGCACGAAGAUGAUGAUGAUGACGACGAUGACCACCAUCAUCAGCAGCAGCCACAUCGUCCGGCACACAAUCAGCAAGUAUUAUAUCAACACCAAGUGACCACCAAGUCGUCCGCCAACGAAGUAGGUCAUCAACUAAUGGAUACAGAAACCAGCAAUUCUCAGGGGGCCAUAUCAUCGACUGCAGCUGCUAAGAAAACGAUAGCAGCUGCCAUUUAUAAAUUAGAUACCCCACCGAAUUCAACUACACCAAUAACAAGCGCUUCCGAUUUAAGUCAAACCAGUCAAGACGCCGAACAGUCCAUAAUUGAAACAAAAAUACCAACAACACAACAUCAUACAACUUCUACUCAACAGCAACAACAACAACAGCUGCAGCAACAACAACAGCGUCGUCCGCAACAUCAUUUCCUUAAUGGUCGCGGUAUCAUUGUACGCUCCUCGGAUUUACACAAUUACAAUUCCCUGCCCUUGUCUGCGGCCGCCUCAAUGGAUCAUCAUUCUUUGGAAACCGAAGACGACGAAGAAGAUCCCGAAUUGAAUGAUGAAAAUCUGCAAGAUAUCGAAGAAGAGGCCAAGGCUGCUGAAUUAGACGAGGAUCCUCCACAUUUAGAUGCCACACAGAUCAAAGUGGAAAAUAUGGAGGUGCAAACAAAUGAAAAUACGCCACGUUUGGCCUACACCAGUGCCGCCACUACAGUCACCACUACCGAUGCCGAUGGCCAGCCCACUCAAUUGGUAUUGCCCGCUGGUUCCAUAGUGAGCACUGGCACACGCACCGUAACUGUGCCAGUUUCGGAAGCUUUAGCCCAUCUUCAAAGACGUCCAGUUUUCAUUAGUAAUGGCGUAGCCAAUGUGGGCGGCACCACUUUGGUACGUAUGCCUGCGGUGUUGAGUCGUAAUGGCUCGAUGGCUGUAUUGAAUGUCGUGCAACAGCAAGUUGGUGCCAAUGGCCAGACAACGCAACUAAUACUACAGGCUGCCCCCAUGGGAAAUGGUUCCAAUGGUACUGGAACUCCCAUAAUGGUUACAACCACUCAGCAACCACAGCAGCAGCAGCAGCUUACAACCACAACUACAGAUAAUACAGGGAAUUCAUCACAAAUUUCAACCAUAACUCAAACUUCCAAUGCCCAUCAAAUGCUGGCAAAUGCUUUAACGACCAAUCAACAGAAUCAACUUCAACAAGUACACCAACAACAGCAACAGCAACAACAACAUCAAACAACUACAAUAAUGACUAUUAACAGCGGCUCUACUACGUCCUCCUCGUCGUCGUCUCCAUCAGCGUCGUCUGCAACAACAAAUGCUGCCAUAUCAACAACAAUAACAACAAGAUCACCACCUCCCCGAUCAUCAUCCGUUUCAACCCAUUCAACACAACAGCAUCCCAUUGCAUCAACUUCAGCCCAAGCUCAGGCAGCUUAUACCCGCAAUACAGCAUCCACCUCGCCACCCUCCUCCUCUUCGUCCGCCUCACCAUCGUCCACCUCCAUACCGUCAGCACCAGGCACCCUAGUUGGUGGCGGCACAAUAUAUCAGUGCAUGGAGUGUGUUGAGAAAUUCGACAACAAAGAACUCUUCGAAAUUCAUCGUUCCGGCCAUGCCAACAACAUGAAAUGCGCCAUCUGCAACAUGGUUUUGAAAUCAUUGAAAAACUACGAGAAACACUGUCUUCGCUGCAAACCAUACGAGUGUCAAAUUUGCGGUCGUGUCGUUCGUUUUCGUCCCAAUUUCAUUAAACAUAUGCGCGUGCACACCGGACAACAGUCCGAACGUCAUAAGUACAAGUGCGAAGUGUGUCACAAGGAAUUCAUGAGUUUCGAAUACUUUAAGGUCCACAAAAAGAUCCACAAUGAAAAUGUUAAUCUGACGUGUGAAAUAUGCGGCAAACAAUUUAGCGCUUUGGCAUCAUUGAGGGGACACUCGAAAUUGCAUUCAGGCGUUAAGUUGCACAAAUGUGAAGUUUGCGGUAAAGGUUUUGGUCAACGUUACAAUCUCAAGAUACAUGCUCGCACUCAUACUGGCGAUUUUCCGUUCGAAUGUAAAAUCUGUAAAAAGAAAUUGCACACUCAAUCAUCGUUGCAAACACACAUGCAAGUCCAUCAACGUGUUCAAACGUCACAAGCAACGUCAACUAUUAAGUCAACAGCCACCAGUACCACAACGAGCGGCAAUACAAGUUCCAGCAGCAGUGCCAGCAGUGCUCACAAUUCACCCACUUCGACCAUCAUCAAAAUGGAGCCCCAACUAACAGCGUCCAGUCCAUUGGAGAGACCCAGCACCAGUGGCAAUAUUCUGCUCAGUCAACACUCGAUGCACGAUGAUUUAGAUGAGAACUCGGCCAUGAGCGAUGGUCUCAAUUCGUUGAAUGGCCACCAGUAUGUAACAACUAGUUGUGUCAAGAAUACAAUUGUCUCAGCCACCGGCGAUGAUUCAUCCGAAUCGUCGAAUACAUCUCAAGAACAAUUGCGACAGACUAGACAGAUUUUGUUGAAUGGCGGCACACCGACACGAGCCAUUGUGAUUAAUAACUAUUUGCAUAAUAACGAUAAUAAAGGUGUUGAUACACUGCUGUCGCAAACGUCACAGCCGCAACAUCAUGCUCAAGUCAUACGUCAUAAUAAUAGCAGUAGUAGUCACAUAACAAGCAGCAGCAGCAGUAGUAGUGCAUUGCAACAGCAAUUGAUGCGUAAAACUCCUAUCAUACAUUCGACUGGUGGUGCAACAUCUUUAUCAAGUUCAGUAUUUGCCAGUGCCAUUCAACAUAGAGGCACUUCACCUUCACCAUCGCCCUCUUCUUCAUCGACAUCAUGUUCCUCUUCAGUUGUGGUCUCUAAAUCCGGAGUACCCUUAUCAUUGGCCUCGGCCGCCCUGGGUUCCUCUUCGAUAAUACGCAGUACACGUGAUCAUGAUGCGAGCCUCAAUGGGCACCAUCAUCAUCACCAUCAAAAUCACCACAAUCACCACCAACGCAAUAACCACCGAAAUCACCACCGGCGUCGUCAUCUGGCCGAUAUGGAUGACGAUGAUGAUGAUACGAAUUUACAUCAUCCGAGUGUCAAUAAUGGCCGUCACUUCGAUGACGACGAUGAUAUAUUAGAUGAGAAAUCUUCCCCGUCCCUGGCUACGACAGCCAUCAAAACCGAACCGAAUUUCUAUGUCUCCGGUGAUAAUUCCAAUGAGAUGUUGAUCAAAGAAGAAGUCGUCUUCGAUGACACCUCCGCCAAUUCGCCCCACUCGCCACCCAGUUCGAAAUUCGGCAUGUCCAAUUUCGACAACGAUCUCGACCAUCAUGUGGACUUGUCCCAUUCGCUGCCCACCUAUGGGUAUCUCUUGGAUCAGCACUCCAUACCCGACACAAUACCAGCUCAAUUGUAUGCCGACGACGAUGACUUCCGAUUAGAUCACAACUCUUUGGGAGCUCUGCACAAUAAUUCCUCAUCGACCAACGAUGGCGACUACAUCAAGAAGGAGUGGAGCUAUGGCACAAGUUCGAAUUACACAAUAAACGGUAAAUUUGAUGAUGACAGCAAUGCUUUAUGUGAUGCCGCCAAUUUCAUUUAUAAUUGAUUGGAAGACAUACCACCGUCACCGGUACUAGUUGAUGGUUGAUGAUAACACGACAACAGAAUCAAGGUGAAGUUAAAAGUUAAUAUAUAAUACACUACAUUAUUAAAAUAAUCAUAAAUAAAUAUUGAAUCCUGGAAUCAUAGAUGUGGUCGGAAAAAAAAGAAUAAUACUUUCUUUUCUUCUCUUUCACCCCACACAGAUUUCUUUUAUUAGCGUAAAAACAAACAAACAAACAUGUGUUUUGUAACGAAACAUUGAAACAUGUUAAAAAAAUAAAAACAAAAAACAAAUGCCAACAAAUUUACUAAGUAUUGAAAACAAAACAAAAAAACACAAGCACAUAAUUGUAUAAUUUUAAUUAUUAAUCUUAAAAAAGAAAGAACAAACAAACAUACAAAAAAAAAAUCAUAAAAACCCCCUUACGGUUAAAAAAAGAAACCGAAAACAAAGGAAAUCGAAUCCAAACGUUUUUAUUUUGGAUUUUGUUUAAAGUUAAAAGAAUUUUAACUCCUCCUCGCAUUAAAGAACCAGAAAAGAAUAAGAAGUGA